AUGGCCCCGUCAACCCGCUGGGUGCUGUGCCUGUGUCUGGCGCUGGGGGACGUGCCGAAGCCUUGCCGGAUGGGGCUGCGGCAGCGCGCUGCCCAGGGGGGCGAGUGGGAGAGAGCCGCGGUAGGUGACUACGGCCCGGGGCAGCGGCAGCAGCCGGAGGAGCGGUGCUGGCCAGAGUGCCUGCAGUCGGGGGACGAGGUGUCGAAGCACAUGCUGCGGUUCUACAACCAGUACGCUGGUGUCUUGGCGGGCAACACAGUGCGUGGCUUCCGCCCGCUGGCAACAGGGAGCCCCGACAGCCAGGAGAUGUAUGUUUUUAACUUGACGUCGCUCGCCGAGUCCGAAAACGUCUUGUCGGCUUGGGUGUAUUACUACGUUGGCCGUCUGCCACGUGCCGAGCGGAACCGUUCCCGAUCCGGAAGCUGUUCCGGACGCAGGAAACCUGACUUUCGAAUGCAUCUUUCGGUUUGGACCUUUCCUUCUGGUGGGACCUGGACUCGGACCCCGGGAUGUUUCCUUGUAAACGUCUCCACUGCUUAUCGGAACGUCCUUUUCUGGCGGCGGAAGGAUAUCACUCGGCUCUUGCGCGAAGCGAAACGGAACCACGAACUCGUGAUCGCUGUCAAAACGGAUCCGACUGGCGGUCGUGCCUGGAAAAGGACGCCUUUUCGCUACGAACGCUACCUCCUGAUUUAUGCCGACGAUUCUGCUAUUUUGGAGCCGGGCGGCAUCGUCUCCGGGUCGCGAGGGCGCCGUCGUCCUCCGGCGAGGCUCUCCCCCUGGCCGGAAGACCACAGGGCGAGCGGCCUCAGGAAGCGGCCGCAGUGGCCAAAACGCUCCGCAAACGUUCUCUUGCCAUUGUGGAAGGAGCUUCCGGGAGCCUAGCACCCACACGAUGAGGACGAGAGGCAGGAAGACGGCAAAUCCAAUGAAACCUUUAGGCUGCGGUUAGUGGAGAGAGCGAAGAGUAAGAAAAAGCCGAGGAAGAAUCGUCGCCGUGAGAGCCGGGCGCUCCGGUUUGACGAGCGAACGCUGAAGAAGGCGAGGAGGCGGCAGGGGAACGAGCCGCGGCAUUGCACCCGGCGCUACCUCAAGGUGGGUUUUGUAGACGUCGGCUGGAGCGAGUGGAUUAUUUUCCCCGAGUCCUUCGACACCCAUUACUGCUCGGGGGAAUGCCGGUUCCCGAUUCCAAAGGCCUUGAAGCCAUGUAACCACGCCACUAUCCAGAGCAUAACGAGAGCUGUCGGGGUCAUCCCGGGCAUUCCUGAGCCUUGCUGCAUUCCGGACAAAACUUCUUGUCUUAGUAUUUUAUUCUUCGACAAAAAUAAAAACGUCGCUCUUAAAGUGUACCCCCACAUGACAGCAGAGUCCUGCGCGUGCAGAUAA